AUGGAAGUUCGUGUCAGAUUUGUUGGAUUUGGAGCCAAAGAAGAUGAGUGGGUCAAUGUUGGAGACCUUGUCCUCUGCUUCCAGUUAUGGAUACUAUUCGCACCCUUCAGGUGCAUAAACAAACUGUUCUUUAAAGCACUGUCUCAAGCUUCAUUUCUAAAGAUUGAUGUUAAUUUUACAAGCCAAGAAGGAACACGCUUGCUGAUACUGCUACAGGGGAGGGGAAUGCAACAACAUGGCAAAUGUGCAAGAAGACAGAGCUAA